GGAGCGCGGCCCGCGGCGCCAGUCUUCGGGGUUCUGCUUUUCCCCUUCCGGGGUGUUCGGGCUGUCUCCCCGGCCGCCCCUGGGCGGUGUUUCUGUGCUAGGGUUCCUCAGGAAGGUGACCAGACAGGCUGUCGAAGGUCCAGAGGGCCUCGAGGCCUGGGGUGGGAUGGCGCUGUGGCCGCUACGAGUCUACACUCGCCAAAAGCGGGCGGGCCAGAGGUUCAACCUCACUCCGACGCCGGACCCGGGCCCGCCCGCGACGACAGGCCCAAAGGGAAGAGGCAAAGAGCGCGGUCUGCCGAAGAUUGCUGAGAAGGUUGAGUGGCUGCCGAGCAUUCAGUUAAGAGAUACAGGAAAGAAAAGUCUGCAAGAAAGUAACACUUGCGAAGAGACCCAGAGUGAGAUUGCUCCGUUGAGCGAGUCAGUGACUGAUGACCUCCAGGUUGACAGUAGUUCGUCAAAUAGUGAGCUAGUAUCAGGACCAAGUUUACAGCAUGAUACUUGUAGUCCUCUUCUGAGCUAUUCAGUCACAGAGUCUUAUACAGAAUUCAACAGUGUCGAGGAAAAUUUAAGUACCUUUUCAUCACCUGAACUGUUCAGAGGAUCAAAUUAUUUGGAUUGGGAGUGUCCCAAAUUGACAGAAUAUGUGCAGUGCAAAAAUUCUACUCUUCUGGACACCAGUAAAGCAGUGGCAGUAGAGAAGGCACCAGAGUUUUCAAACCUCUCUGCAAUUUUGGAUAAUGCAGAUUGUGAGGUUUUACUUGCUGAGAAAACUUGUCCUUCAACCUGUGAAGAAACAAAGAAAAAACCUGAAAAAGACUUAGAAGAUGGAAAUACAAAUAUUCACGCAAAAUUAAAUCAUCUUGCACAGAUGGACACUGUGUCAUCCCACCAUAGGCUUGCUUUUGAGAGCAGUGCACCUAGCUCAGUUACUAGAGUUCUGCUGCCUCAGCCCCUGCCACCUGCAUUGAGAACAAAUUCUCAUUUUCCUAAUAAGAAAUGUGGAGGCCUGGUAACAAGUACUCCAUCUUCAAAGACUGGUGAUUUUGUGAUUGAUUUGUCCUCAGUGCAGAAAGCAUCUUGUGAAGAACUACUUCCAAAUGUCAGCAAUUAUAUUAAUUCAAAUGAAAUUUUUCCUGUAUCACAUUGGCAAGAAAAUUCUCCAAAAGAGUUUCCUUCAAAUAGACCAGAAAUCUGUUGUAUUAUUAAGGCAUCUCCAGGAGCUAGACAGAUGAAAAGUAAAGGAGUUAUUGUAAAGAAGAAGAGAUAUUCUCCUCCUAGAGAUAUUCCUCAAGAUAUUAUAAUAAAAGCAAAUGGCAGAAUGUAGCAGCUAUG